AUGUCUCGUCCUAUCGUUAUUUCAGGUCCCAGCGGAACGGGAAAAUCGACAAUGCUCAAGAAGCUGUUCGAAGAGUUUCCUAGCGCGUUUGGGUUUUCUGUGUCUUCCACGACGCGUAAGCCACGUGAAGGUGAGGUGAACGGUACGCACUACAACUUUGUCACGGUGGAUCAUUUCCAGCAAAUGAUCAAAGACGGCAAGUUCAUCGAAUGGGCACAAUUUUCAGGAAACUACUACGGGACCACUGUGGAGUCGGUCAAGGAAGUGACCAGCUCUGGAAAACGCUGCAUUUUGGAUAUCGACAUGCAGGGUGUUAAGGCCGUGAAGAAAACGGAUCUCAACGCGCGGUUCUUGUUCGUGGCUCCUCCUUCUGUCGAGAGUUUGCGGGAACGUCUAACAGGUCGCGGUACCGAGACCCCAGAGUCGCUGCAAAAGAGACUCGAUGCGGCCACAGCGGAGAUGGAAUACGCCGAAACCGGUGCUCACGACAAGAUCGUUGUCAACGACGUGCUGGAGGAUGCAUACCAGCAGAUGAAGGACUUUAUUUUUGCCGAAUAA